AUGGAACUAAAUGUUUAAAAAAUAAAUUAUUUACUAAAGAAUUCACUAGAGUCAUAUAAAGCGGUUGAAAAAAUAAUUAAAAAUAAUAAUUUAUUAUUCUCGCAAGUAUUUUAAGUGUUUUUAUAGCAAGAAAUACUUGAAAUUCUCAUAUUUUUAGGAAAUAUUUAAGAAGUAUUUUAAUAAUUUGAGAAUAUUAAUUUUAUUUUAGAGUAAUAAGAAAAUUUUAAAUAAAAUCAUUUUUAGUUUUUCCUUUGUUAAUCUUAUUAAAAUCAAUCCAAAAACCUUACAGAAGAAAACUCUUUUAACAAAAUUAAAUGCACAGCUAAUGGAGAAGUAAAUAUAAUCAAUUAAAUUUACGAAAUUUAAAAGAGUAGAUAGAAGUUCUUGAGAGGAUUGAUAGAGAUUAAACAAUAUAACUACAGAGAGGCUAUUGAAUAGUUUACUUUGUUUAUUGAGGAGGGAUCUUAUUACAGUUGUCAAUUAAGAAGGAAAGCAAUUCAUCACCUUAAUUAGCUAUUUAUGAUAGAAUUUAAUAAAUAAAUAGAUUUGAAGAAAAUUUAUUUGGAUUAAAAAGCUUGUAUUCCAUAUGAUAUAACAAUAAUAAUAUAGCUGGAAUAUUAGAAAUUUUUUUAGGAAAUAUGA